AGCUGAUAUCUCGACCAAAUCAUUGCUUAAUACCUUUGGAAAAUCAUCUUAUACGCAAUAAAACGCAUUACUCCACUCUCUCUACGAUGCUUUCCUUCAUCGCCUUCAGCCAUGCUACUGCUAUGCCGAGCCUUAACGGUAGUUCUAGCGACAUUGUAACCCGCAACGCAAAUCACGUCAGUUUGUACACCACUAGUGCCUGCGCGACAAAUACUACAAAUGGCUCGGCACCGCAACAUGCAAUUAGAUUGCAGUCGAUCUCAGAGCUCUUAGUCUUUAUACUGACACUGAGCCGCUCCAACAUACUAUUGCGUUCAGCGAUGGUAAUUGCCAAAAGAUACUUGGGGAAAGAUGUGUCGGAACCGACAACCUUAUUCGGUGAUGGAGACAUCGGAAGCAUAAUGUUUUGGUUACCGGCUGUUUGUGAACUCGUAGAGACUGUGAAGUAUCUAUGGGAUGAUGCGACGGCAAUUAUUACGGCCGCGGGUUCUUUUGCUUAG